AUGUGCCAGCUUCUACAAGCGCCAGUCAGUCGAGGUCCGGGGCAUUUUCCUCCACCACGUCUAGAAUCUUCAGCGCCACCUACGCCUUCGCUCGAGAGCAGCAACCCCCGAAAGCGACCUCUAUUCCCCUCAGACAAACCCCCACUCGCUCCACGGGCUAUUCAGCCCCGGCCGGCGGCAGCCAGUACGGCGUCUCUCAGUAGCGAGAGCGGCGCUUCAGUCCUUGUGUCUCCCAGUGCAGAAAGUGUUCCGGCUAGAGGUGAGCCACCUCGAAAACGAGGACGUCCAAGUAAAGCCGAAUCAGAACGACGCAAGGCGGCUGCGGAGGCUCGGGGGGAAACAUAUCCACCCCCUCGACGGUCGGGCUCCAAUAAGAUGAAAGCACCCUCUGCACCAACUAGUCCCGCUGGAAUCGAAUCGUUGGGGAGCUCAUUUGCCCCCCAGCCUCCUGGAAGUCGACCUGCAAAUAUCCCACGACCUGACAUACGCUAUGCGCCUCCGGCUCCGCCUGCAAUGGCAAUGGGGAUAUUGGGAUCCAGUGAUGAUGAUCGGGCAAGAGAUAUAGCCAACCGCGAUAUAGGACCGACAAUAAGAGAGCUUCCGCGUCCAGGAGAUAUUAGACAAACGUUGCCCUCCCCGGUGACGUUGCAACUAGGCCAUAGGGAGACGAUCCCACGAACAGACACUGGUGAACGACCGUUUGAACGACCUCCAUCCGAUAGGAUUUCUUUUACGGACAGAAGGGCACUCAUUCAUCCCACCAGUGGGCGGCCUGACGAGCCUUCCGUGUCAGGGCCGGAAGCCACUUUGCGCACUUUGGGUGAGAAGCGAGCAGAAUAA